CACAACAACAUGGCGGGCCGACUAAGGCCUAAGCGGCGACCGGGACGACAUAUUUACUAACAGACAAGCGAGGCCUUUUUUUUUUUUUUUUUUUUUUUUUUUUUACAGCCCCGGCGGCCGCCAUGAGGGAGAGACAGAAGAAGAAGAAGAAGAAGAAGGGGAGGACGUGGGCGGAAGCGGCCAAGACGGUGCUGGAAAAAUACCCCAACACGCCCAUGAGCCACAAGGAAAUCCUCCAGGUGAUCCAAAGAGAACGACUUAAAGAAAUAAGCGGAACGUCGCCGCUGGCAUGCCUGAACGCCAUGUUGCACACAAACUCCCGCGGCGAGGAGGGGAUGUUCUACAAGGUCCCGGGCAGGAUGGGGGUGUACACGCUGAAGAAGGACAUUUCCGAGGCGGCAAAGGAGCUGUCGGGUGAGGUGUCCGAGGACAGCAGCGACAACCUUUCCGACUCCCGUAGCACGGAGAACCGCCACAGCAGCAGUCAUCAGGAAGGCCGCAGAAGAAAGUGGAUGAGGGGAGUUCCCUCCAAGCUGCAGCCGCCGCCGUCCUCACCGCCGCAGCCUCGAUGCGCCUCGCCUUCCGUGUCCGGCGCCAAGCUCAUCUCGCCCUCGCAGAAGCACAGCAAGAAGGCGCUCAAACAGGCCUUGAAGCAACAGCAACAGAGGAAUCAGCGCCGACAGGGUGCCAUGCCAACCACCUCCAGCUCCAGGCUGCUUUUAAAGACCAUCAAAGAUAUGGCCGAUAAUAUCACUGCGAAGACCGAUCUUUACCUCCCGGUCGUACCGAGGAAAGUGUCACCAAGGUCGAGUCGUCUGAGUGCAGGACACCUGAAACGCAACAGGUGUAAAAUCGACGUGGAGACGCCGGACUCCAUUUUGGUCAACACCAACCUGCGGGCAAUUAUCAACAAGCACACCUUCUCCGUCCUGCCGCCCGACUGCCAGCAGAAACUCCUUCGACUUCUGCCCCAAGUCGACCAGCAGGCCUGCAUGGACGGCCUCCUCAAGGUGACCACCUCUGCCUUAAACAACGAGUUCUUCACAUCAGCAGCCCAGUCGUGGAAAGAAAGGCUGGCUGAAGGUGAAUUCACUCCGGAGCUGCAACUGCGUAUGCGGCAGGAAAUUGAGAAGGAAAAGAAGGUUGAACAGUGGAAGGAGGCCUUCUUCGAAAGCUACUUUGGUCAAAACUCCGGACUAAGCUUUGAGGAAUCCAAAGAGCUGACCAAAGUGGAUCUGAAACGAGAGAAAAAGCUUCAUCAGUCGGUAACGGCCGUUAAAGCGUCGGAGGAAACCAAAGGCGCCAAGAACCGCCAGUGGACCGACGGCGUGGCGGCAAAAUCAACGCCGUCACAGAAGCAGCCUCCGAAACCAUCUCUCUCCAUCCCGGAACCCAUGAAGACCAGGCGCGCUCACUACGCCGAGGAUCGUAAGAUGCACGCAGCUCUUCAGCCCGCUCCAACCCCCGCGCCGCCACCACCGGAGCCCGUGAAGCAGACCGAAGACCACCCGGCAGUGACACAGACCGAGCAGAGCGAGGAAGAGGAUAAACCGGAACUCCCCCGGGCUCCCGUCGAGCCGAGCCCGACGCCAAAAUUCCAGCCAAAGGUUGAGCAGAGCCUGCCGCUAAAAAACGAGCCGGAGGUAACGGAGGAUCAGGCGGUGUCCGCGGUUAAGCCCCUGGGGGAGAUCAAGUCGGAACCCGAUGGGACCCCCGAGGAGCAGAAAAGGAAGUCUCCCGGCGUGAGGGAGGACGAGGCGACACCAGAGAAAAGACCGCGCUUGUCCUCGGCUUCCUCUGCGUCGUCUUCCGUUUCGUCAGUGUCUCCCACGGCAUCGUCUGCACCAAGCCCUGCCACGCCCACGUCAACUGGCAACCCCAGAGUUCCACACCUCAAGAUCCCCGCGUCCAGAAUUCUUCCCGUCCCCGUAUCACCGAGGACGCCUCUCCCCUCCCCGGCUCGUACGGGAGCUCGCACUUUGGCCGACAUCAAAGCCAAGGCCCAGCUGGCGCGGGCACAGCGAGCCGCAGCCGCCGCCGCCGCCUCCAAAGAAGCCGCGCCUCUGCCGUCCCCGGGUCUCGGAGACCCGGCAGCUCCGCCGGCCUCGGCCAGGUUAGCAGCCGACACCAGCACAGCUCCUUCUUGCCAACAGGUUGGUCCACUCGGUCCAAGUCCCUCCGAACAUAACAGCGGUCUGCAUUCAACCCGGACCUCCUCUUGUAUCCCUGCGAACAAUCCACUGGUCACGAGGCUUCUUCAAGACAAAGAGGUUCCUUUGGAGCAGAUCCUCCCAAAACCCCUCACCAAGAUGGAGGUGAAGGCCAACGUUCACUCGAGUAAGAUGAAGACCGCUGGUGAUCCCGACCACCAGCAGCGCGCCACCUCAAGCUGGGCCUUCUCCGACUACUCCAGACCUCCCGACAAAGACACCCAGGAGCAGAUUCUUCAGACUCUCAUGGAGAAGAAAGACCAGCAGAGGCCAUCUCCUCAGCCGCUGCCGUACAAAACCCAUCAACCCACUCACGGAGACGAGCACCAGGACCGACCCUGGAUGUCUGUCGGCUCCCUGGGUCGUAAGAGGACACCAAGGCCCGCCAUGUCGGGACACUACCUCCUCAACGUGUCCACUUAUGGCCGCGGGUCGGAGAGCAGACGCCGUCACCCGUCCAUCCUCCCAAACGUGUGCGGCCUUAAAAGGGAAGACGGCGAUGGGAAAGAGGAGGCGGUGACUGUAAGCCGGAGCGUGGACGCAGGGCGCAUCCUGCCUCGCUCCGACAUCAAAACCGAGGACGGUGGUAUCAGUACCGGCAGCGACAUCCUCUACUGCCAGUCAAGCCGCAAACAACUUGAACCCUGCAAUAGCAAUCGAGGGAAAUCCGAGCCAUACCUCCUCCUUAAUGACUCCGUUCACCAGCGCCAUCAGGAAAGCGCGGCGCCCCGUUACGGCGGGACCAUCAGCAUGUCCGUACCUCACGCUUGGAAUCGCAGUUCUCAGGGGGUCGUCGCCACCGCUGCCGCCGCGCCCUCCCCAUCGGACGCCGGCAGCGUCAUGUCUUUCUCGGUGACGGUCACCACCAUACCCGCCGGUAACUCCGUCGGCCAGAGCCAGAAGUCGCCUGAGCCGGCCUUCAUGAAGGGCCCCAACAUGGAGGAUAACAUGCAGUCCGGGUGCUACUGCCGGCUGAAGGCCAUGAUCAUGUGCAAAGGAUGCGGAGCCUUCUGCCACCACGACUGCAUCGGGCCCUCGGAACUCUGCGUCUCCUGUCUGGUGGUACGAUGACGCAUCGAGCGGGUUUUUCGCAGGUACCCGUUAGCGACACCUCCGCAUCUGCACUGAACGUGUAGCUUCGUCCUUAGAAAUCCCUUUUUAAUCCCGUCAGUCUGCCAGAUGAAAUCCGGCAGCGUUUGCACUCGCUAGCAUUAGUGUGAUAUAUUUUUUAAAAAUAUAUAUAUAUAUAUUUGUGUAGUUUUUAACAAGGAGGGGGAAAAAAAUGAAUGUGGUUAUUUUUCUAGAACCUAAAGACUGUUGUGUUUUAGACUGACACUUUUUUCUGUCGGGUUUAUUAGUAAGCUGCAAAAAAAAAAAAAAAAGACAA